GUUGAAAAGGAGCCAAGGCUGCGUGGAGUCAGGGUGGUGGUACAGACCGAGCAGUAGUACCAACAAACUUACAGACCUCGAAGUAUAAAAGUGCAAAUAGCCCGCAGCCCUUCAAUUUCUCUGAUCCGCUUCACCUACAUUGUCAACAGACUCAUAUCGAGUUCUCGAUCAACACCUUCUAUCACGAAACCAGCUAAGCCCCAACACAAUGUCGCCCCAUGUAUUGCCUACGCGCCCUCUGGGUAAAAAUGGCCCUCAGGUUACUCGGCUAGGCCUCGGUUUGAUGGGCAUUAGCGCCUUCUACGGCGCUGCCAAGCCUGACGCUGAACGCAUGAAGCUCCUAGAUAAGGCUCACGAGCUGGGCGAGACCUUUUGGGAUACCGCCGACAUGUACGGGGAUUCCGAAGACCUCAUCGGUCGUUGGUUUAAACUCAACCCAGAGAAGCAAGAUGACAUCUUCCUGGCAACUAAGUUCGCCAACAAGUAUGUAGAUGGCAACAUGGCGAUCGACAGCUCACCCGAAUAUUGCCUGGCGGCCUGCGACAAGUCACUCUCGCGUCUCGGCGUAUCCUCAAUUGACCUGUACUACUGUCACCGACUGGACCAGAAGACUCCCAUCGAGUUGACUGUGCGCGCCAUGGUGCAGCUUAAGGAGGCUGGCAAGAUCAAGUAUCUGGGUCUGUCCGAGUGCAGCGCCGAAUCUCUCCGUCGCGCACACGCCGUGCAUCCAAUUUCCGCAGUGCAGAUGGAGUACUCACCCUUCUCGCUGGAGAUUGAGUCGCAGCAGUUCAAGCUUCUGGAGACAGCGCGGGAGCUUGGCGUCGCCGUCGUUGCGUACUCUCCUCUCGGCCGGGGCAUGCUGAGCGGAACCUUGCGCUCCCAUGCCGACUUCGAAGAGGGGGAUAUUCGGGCGUGGUUGCCCAGAUUCAGCGAAGAGAACUUCCCUAAAAACAUUGCGAUUGUGGACAGAAUCUCCGAGAUUGCCAAGGAGAAAGGAGUAACGCCAUCGCAGUUAACCUUGUCUUGGCUUAUGUCGCAGGGCGAUGACAUCUUCCCAAUUCCCGGAACGACGAAGCCGGAACGAUUGACUGAGAACGUGGGCAGUUGUGGAGUUUCCCUGACCGAGAAGGAGAAGAACGACGUGCGGCUGGAGACUGAGAAGGCGGAUAUCUCGGGUGACCGGUAUCCGGAGGCUUUUGCCAAGACUUCCUUUGCAGAUACACCUGCCUUGGAUGAGUAGCUAGG